GGGGGGAAAACAGACUAUGAACGACUUCAAUAUCAGAUGAUAAAGAAGUCCUUCACUGGAGUACUCAUUGGAACAGAAAAUUUAGAGACUGUUUUCAUUUGGGAAUUUUCAUUCUUAGACGGUAAGCAAUGCAAAAUUAACAGUGAUAGAGAGUUAAUUUAUAUAACAGUCAAAUCACUUAUCUGAUACGCCAAGCAACGUCACAUUAGUGCACAUUAAUUGCUAGAACCGGGCAAAAUUGAACGUAAAAUAUCCAGAUUUGAAUUACCAAAUAUCCGCAGAUGGGACGUAAAACAAACAAUUAACCUUGGAACUACUAUAUACCGGUCGCGGUAGUUCAGUGGUAGAGCGUUCUCUUCGCACCGGGAUGUCGUAAGUUCGAUCCCCACUCGUGCCAUGGCCGAGUCAAACCAAAGACGUUAAAAUGGGUAAUGAUUGCUCCUAAGCCAAAUGCUCGGCAUUUAGACUGAAGUAAGAAUCACGUGUCUUUCGGAUAUGACCGAACACGGAGGUCCCGUGUCGCGAGAGGCGUUGAAUCGUUGAAGUACCCUUACUGCUACGGCCCUGGAGCUAAACAUCGGUCUAAAUUUGUGCUUCCUCACCUACACCUGGUGACGUCUGAACACGAGUGAAAAGUUCUGAACGGAACUUAAAAAACCCAACUAACCAAUCAAACAACUUUCGAUAGUAAAAUCAUCCCUCAUUUAUCAUUUUGAUAAUCAUUCAUAUAAAUUAUCCUUAAAAAGAUGAAAUAGGCAACGGUCUAUUGAUUGAUUGAUUAUUGUUUAACAUCCCUCUCGAGAAAAAAAUCACUCAUAUGAAAACGUCACCAAUGCCGUUGAAGGGCCGUAAAAUUUAGGCCUAUGCUCGGCGCUUAUGACCUUUGAGCAGGGAAGGAAUUUUAUCGUGCCAUACUUGCUGUGACAAAGGGCCUUGGUUUAUGCGGCCUCAUCCGAAUGACCGUCUCAUUUAGUCGCCUCUUACGACAAGCAAGGGGUACUGAUGAUCUAUCCUAACCCGGCUCCCCAUGGGAGCAACGGUCUAUUUAUUACUAGCAAAGGUUACAUGACUUGUUAAUUUAAUAAACGUUCUUCUCAUUUCAAUCGAAUGAUUGAUUGAUUUUUGUUAAUUGUUUAACGCCCCUCUCGAGAAUCUUUCACUCAUAUGGAGGCAUUUCCAUUGCCGUAAUCUCGGUUGAGAUUCGGCUUGGCAGAAUAGUGAAUAUAUGGACCGAGGGCUUCACCGAAUCUCGGAGCAGUCCUUCAUAAAUCAGCUUCAGCGGUUGCUGAAGUGAUUGACAAGUCAUGUAAACUUUGCUUGUAAGAAAUAGACCGUUGCUCCCGUUGGGAUCCGGGUUAGAAUAGUAUUACUGUGGUCUAGUUUACAUUUACCACGGCAGUCGGGCGAUAAAGUUACGACAUAACUACGGACUACGGGAAAACGAUGUUUGAAAAUCUGUUUAACUUUCAUCUAAACAAAAUUGUUAAGACCACGAAACAUGUGAUUCCUUUCGAAAAUCUUACAUCCACCCUCUACCAUCAUAUUCUAACCGCACAGAAAGAUACUGCCAGGUUAAAGGCUCUGUUGGAACAUCGCAGGCCAAAUGUAACUAGGCUUUAAGUAGAGUUAAAAAGAGAAAUAUAAAUAAAUACAUCUGGUGUGUCCAGGGGUCCGUGUUUGCCCAACUAUCUAUUUUGUAUUGCUUGUAGGAGUUAUGAGAUUGAUCACUGUUCGUUAUCUUCACCUUGCAUCAACUAUAUUACCAUACUCAAUACCCUUGAUUCUAAGAACCCCAUGUGUAACAAAGCAGAGUCUGUCGUAACGAAAUUAUUGUGCUUUUAUUCGCAUCAAAAUACAAUGCUGUGUUGCCAUGACAUAUAAUUAUAUGUUUUACAUGUAUAUGAAUCACUACCACUCGUAUUUCUACUUAUGAAUAUCCAAUUUAUUUCUGACAAUGUUUCUGUGUGUGAAGCACUAGAUUUCAACAUUACAAAGUGGAUACAUGGUCAAAUACAAAAAUUAUAUAAAGAACUAAAAUGACUAACAACACGAAUAAUUUGAUUGUCAAACUUUCGGGUUGACCUGUCCCUUCCCAAGGACAAACGAAAAAGUUUAAAUUUACAUAAGGUGGCUAUUUAAGAUAUUGAAAGAUGUGCAAAAACCUAGCACUAAAUCUACAAACGUCUUUAAAGUGCAAAUAACAUAUUAAUUCGUUUUAACUUGCCAAUCAAUAUGUUUUCUAGAUAGCCAGAAUUUUGCCCCAAUGUUAUUCCACAUAUAUAGGUUCUGGUUCCAGAGGCUUCCAGAAACGCUGGAGCUUCAUCCUUAAGAUCUAUACAACUCAUGUCACUCUGUCUUUCUUGGGUUCAACACAAUUUAGUGCAAAUUGAGAGUGACUCACUAGAAUAAUAUCUUCCCUUGAAAUCACUCCGGAAGCUUCAUGGAUUAUCAAAAUCUAAAACACGGCUUUAGUACUGCUCUGGCAAAUGUCCAGAAGAAGAAAUACCGUGACAGUAUCCAUGACGAAGCAAUGAAGAUCAAAAUAUAUAUAUUGAGCAAUAUAACACUACCACCAAUAAGACUACCUCUAGACGCUCCAAACACAGAAAACCCGUAAUGACCAGCGGCAAAACACUAUUAAACCGCUUAAGUAAAAAUUUAUUUCCAAGUAUCACUAGAAUUAUAUCAAUAAUGGUGGAUUUGUCAGUUUACUGACAAAUAUAAUUAAAAAUCGGAAUUAAGAUGCUAAUGAAUCACAAAGGAGCAAAAUAACAGACUAAUUAAGGUUUAUCUCUUAAUUGAUGAAAUGUCAAAACCAUAUGUUUACAGUUAUGCACCUACCUUUAUUCAUUUUGAGGCUUGAUGGUGUCAUGUCAUUUUAACGAAGAUUUUCUUUAAACCACCCUAAGGUAUUUGAUCGAUAAUAACUACCGGUUUCAUUUGAAAUGUCAUAAAUCUAUGCGAACAGAAAAUUUCCAAGUAAGGAACUUUAACGUACCAUGAAAAGGGGUUUUAAAUUUUCAUACUCUCUCAUAUCAUAUAUUCACCUCAUAUAGAUCGUUAUAAAAAUGGCUGAACGAUCAACCAAUUUAAGGUAUUCACAAAUCGUCAAAACAAUCGACAAAAUGUUUGUCUAUCUGACAACAGUUAAACCUUAUACCGACAAAGGACAUGUUCGGGGAUUAUGAAUGUCUCUGCAUAUGGAAAACCUUAUUCCAACCGGACCAUAUUCAAUACAAAAUGCACUAGAUGCAUUGAGUCAAAUCAAGAGGGAACUAACUAAAAAUCCCGAAGCUCGCACCGUGCUCCUGACAUGGCUACUUACAGUUAGACGACAACAUAAACCAGAUUUUUUAUACAACGAAAGGAUUCAUGGAUUACAAGUUCUCUUUGAAUACGAAUCACAGGGUGAAACAUUUCAUGACGAUGAAGCUGUACACAAUUGGCUGGAAAAAUUAUCAUUAGAAAUUUUGAAGAGUGAUGCCCGGCACAGCAGUGAGAAGCUGGGAGCAAACUCCGUUUUUACUGCACUUCAUUGUGCAUUGAUGAGACAGAGUAAAUCACAACAUAAUGCUUACACAAUAGAAUCGUGGAUGUUGCUCAAGGAGACCCUGAAAAUGAGCAUCUCCAAUUAUACAAAAAGCACAAAGGAGUUGCACGAGUUUUCAAAAGGAAACGACUGGAAAGAGAUCGUGAGAACUGAACCAAUCCUACAAGCCAAUCUCCCGUUCUUUUUGGUGUUCGCUGCAGAGAUGUUUUCGGUUCGAGUGUGUAUUCUAUGUUAUCCAUCGAAAGAAGAAGUUACAUUUCAUCCUACUAAACCUACAGACACAGUGAUUAGAAUUGGCUUGGUGCACAAGGAUCAUUAUGUUUGCCUUAUUCCAAAAGAGAAAGAGAAGACGAAUGCUGAUAAUGUCAAGGGAUUGGAAAAGUCAAUUAGAGAUUUAAAGAAAAGCAUACAUGAACACGAACAACAGAUUAAUGAACUGAAAAAAGAAAAGAAAAAAAAUAAUGCGAAAAUAAUUGAACUCUCAGCUGAAAAGGAGAAACUCGAAAGGGAAUUGGAAGAAAAGGAGAGGGAAAAAGCCAGACUGAUUGAUGCUGCACAGAAGAGAAUGGAGGCAUUUGGUAUGAAAUUGACACAGAUGUACGUUGGCGAAAUUGCAAGACAGCUUGAAAAUUUGGAUGUAGAAAUUUAGAAAUUAAUUUCAAAAUUGAGGAUUAUCUCCCUCAUGCAUAGCUCUUAUCCUUGGACGAAUUUGGCUUAACUUUUUUGGCACGCUGUUUUUGGCUAUAUUUAGCUCUAAAACUUCAUAGUUAUUUCGGCUUUCAAACAUUUCGGUUGAGCAUCACUGAAGAGACAUUAUUUGUCGAAAUGCGCAUCUGGUGCAUCAAAAUUGGUACCGUAUAAGUUUUACAUCAUUAAAAGAAUCAACAUUAGAAAUUAUUUUUGAACGUUUCAGAAAGAUAUGUUACUUAAUUUCAUUAAGGUUAUGUGGGAGUAAUACAUCUCCCAUGUUAGAUUAAUUAUUUGUGAUAUCAACCAUUGAUUAUUAUAUCAUUAUGUUUCUCGUAUAUUUGAUGGAUGCAUGUUUAUCGAAUAAAACAUCCUGUACUGUAUAAUUGGGGAUAACUGAUAAAAAUAUCAUCAUUUACUAAAAUGCCACUUUGUAUAACAACAUACGAAUUUGGAAAAGCUUACAUUAAUUAAACUUUGUAGGUGAAGGAGUUGUAUCUUUUGUUGGAAUUUUAUUCAAUGGGUAUAGUAGAAAAUUGGGUAAACUUAUGAUACUAAAAGUGUGUCUGUAAAUAAUCAAGUUUCAUUUCUGAUGCUGACAAAGACAAUUCGCCUAAGACUGUAAUAAAUAAAUGACAAUAUCCAAGUUAGUCGAGCACUUCGAGUCGCAACUUGAGAAUGUAAAUAGAUCCCUUUGCUAGUUAUGUUCAGGAUACUACAGAUUUUUUGAAGAAAAUAAAAUAAAACUUGUAAGUGUAAAGCAAACAUUACCAGAUUUCUCUGUUCUAUUUUGUAUGGGCGUGAAAUCACUUUAUCCCAGUAUACCUAGGAAAAAAGCUCGCGACAUCAUUAAAAUUUAUUCUAAAAGGUCCUAAAUACAGAGAACCUCGAUCUUUUAAUUGGUGACAUAACUUCAUCUCUAAUAUGAAUUCUGUCGAUUCCCUGUCAAACGGUCGGUGUGAUAUAGUGGUCGCCGUGAGCUCUUGAUCAGGUAAACAGAGUUGUCCAUAGUCAAAAUCAGUGUACCAAGAACGACCUAACAAUUGGUAUGAAACAAGUCAGAAAGCAUUUGUCCUUAUGCCAGGCGAUGGACUAAAUAUGAAAAAAAAAAUUCAUACAUUGUCAGAAUGGAUUAAAAGUAUCAGGGGAAUUUUAGAAUCCCGCAUUACACAUAUUACAGGUAAAUAAAAAUACCUACCAUCUAUCCUUCUGUGUUUAGUAAACCAGAAGUGAUAAAAGAAUUAGAUAGGUUAUAUGUUUUGGU